AUGCCGCCCCGCCCGCGCGCCGCGAUGGCGUCACGGCCGCGCCGCCCGCUCAUUGGCCGCCCCGCCCUAACCCCGCCCACAUCUGUGGGGUGGGUUCCAUGGGCUCUGCGCUCCCGGUCCCACCGCUGCUCUCUGCAGCCCCGCAGCCCCGAGCAGGCCCUGCAGCGUGACGUGUUCCUGUUCCGGGCCUACAUCGCCCAGAGGAAGUUCGGCGUGGUGCUGGAGGAGCUGCAGGGCAGCUGCAGCCCCGAGCUGCAGGCAGUCAGGAUGUUGGCUCAGUUCCUGGCCAGCGAGAGCCAGAGGUGAGGCCGGGCCCUGGGGCAGCUCAAUUCCCUCUCUCCAGGAGCCUUUGGGAAGGAGAGGCUUUGGAGAUCAUCCCGGGACACCCUCCGCGGCUCCGCUCUCUGCCCCUGCAGCCUGGCCAUGACCGUGCAGAUCCUGCUGAAACUCGACAGGCUCGACCUGGCCAGGAAGGAGCUGAAGAAGAUGCAGGAGCAGGACGAGGACGCGACGCUGACCCAGCUGGCCACAGCCUGGGUGAACCUGGCCUUGGGCGGCGAGAAGCUGCAGGACGCCUUCUACACGUUCCAGGAGCUGGCGGAGCGCGGCUGCCCCUCGCUGCUGCUGCUCAACGGGCAGGCGGCCGCCGCCAUGGGCCAGGGCCGCUGGGACGAGGCCGAGGGGCUGCUGCACGAGGCGCUCGACAAGGACAGUGGGCACCCUGAGACCCUGCUGAACCUGGUGGUGCUGUCCCAGCACCUGGGCAAGGCCCCGGAGGUCACCAAUCGUUACCUGUCCCAGCUGAAAGAUGCUCACAAAAACCAUCCCUUCAUCAAGGAGUACCAGGCCAAGGAGAACGACUUUGACCGCCUGGCCCAGCAAUAUGCACUGAGUGCC